AUGGCUACUACCACAUUACGCUUAUACCUAACUUGCAUUCGCAACACACUCCAUGCCGCCAUGUGCCUUCAGAAUUUUCCUUGUCAAGAAGUUGAAAGACAUAACAAACCAGAGGUUGAACUCAAGACUAGCCCUGAACUCCUUCUCAAUCCUGUUUUGAUAUGCCGAAAUGAGGCUGAAAAAUGCUUAAUAGAAACGUCUAUCAAUUCACUAAGGAUAAGUCUUAAGGUGAAGCAGGCUGAUGAACUUGAAAACAUAUUGACGAAGAAGUUUCUUAGAUUUUUGUCAAUGAGAGCUGAGGCUUUCCAAGUACUGAGGCGAAAGCCUGUGCAGGGAUAUGAUAUUAGCUUCCUUAUUACAAAUUACCAUUGUGAGGAGAUGCAGAAGCAAAAACUCAUAGAUUUUAUAGUGCAAUUUAUGGAGGAUAUUGAUAAGGAGAUAAGCGAGCUCAAAUUAUCAGUGAACACGCGGGGGAGGCUCGUGGCUACAGAGUUUCUGAAGCAGUUUAUCUGA